UAUUUACUGCUCUGUUCAGCUUGCACAGAUCUUUUUUUCCAAAUGUAUAACUAAUUUGUCAAAUUGCGUAAUUAUUCUGUGUUGUGUUGUGCUUGCAAUAUCAAAAACGAUCGAGUUGAAACACUAAUUGUUUGUUGCAGGGUAGGCUAAAACUGGAGUGGAUUUAUAUUGCUGAUGAAGUCAUAUGUAAUGUGAUUAAGUGUUAUCCCAGACGGCAUAAACAUUUUAAAAGCAAAAAUAUGAGGGUCAGAUAGAUGUCUGCCUUUAUUGUUGGACUUGGACUCUGAGAUAGCAUGACACCAAGGCAGUUGAUCAUUAGUGCGUUUGCAUGCAGUUAGAAUAUAAUAUUGAAGAAUCUUUUUGGUACUUCGUCAAGCACUCUGUGGACCAGUUGUGUAAUUAGUUGUAUAUCGUUUAUGCUAACUGUGCGUAAACUUGCACAAUGCAUUUUACUAUUCCUGGAUUGCUUUUUGUUUGUAUGUGUAUUUGCCAACAUCCGUCUUUAUUCAUCUGCGGUCAAAAUAAUGGUUGGUUUUGGAUAACUUUUGUGACCCUCCGCCAACAAUCACUUGUGCUAAGACUCUGGUUUUAGCAGAAGUAGGGCUUGUUUUGCUAAUCAAUCAUAAAUAACUGUUCAAUGUCUGGCGCCUUCGCGGAGAGGCCACCGCGUGUGAUCUAAGGUCACUUGCUAUAGAACCCACCUCGAAAAUAGCCCAAUGAACUAAGUUUACGUUUCGUCAUAUUUUCCAUCCAUUCUCCGUAGGUUCCAAUGCGAUGUGGACAAUGGUUCACUUCGAAUCUCGCUUUGAGCUUUUUAAUGUGGCGGAAGUUCAUGUCGCUCGAUCGGCCAACUCUGCUGUGUGCAGGUGGCAGGCAGUGGACAGUGCGCUCAGAAGUCGCAUUUGAACCACUUGGUUGUCACGCUGUGUGUAUUUUUUUCCUCAGCAUGGCCAAUACUGGACCGUCAAGUAGACUGUUGGCCUAUCACAGAAAAAAAUGAAUGACCUGAAUGGUUCAUUAGUGUGCAUUAUCGUUAUUGAAUGUUUGACUAUGGUGAAACAUAACAGAUUAUUGUGUGCGUAAACACGCUGUCAGGAUUGUGUCAAAUAAAUUGUGGGCUAUUCAUUACAACUUCAGUUCGUCACUCGAACAUGAUUUGCCAUGAGGAAUGACAGUAAAAAAUGCCAAACCAAUUCGUGAGAAAAUACAUUUCUUUGUUUGUGCGCAUAAACAUUACAGCUCAGCCGAUAUGUUGGAUUUAUUGGGUGGCGUGAAAUACGCUCGCGCUUCUCGUAUUUCAAAAGCACCAGGCGUUCCACAGAACGCGGUUGCACAUACACUACACGCAAUUUGGAAAUAAUUGCUUGUAAACAUUGUGGUUAUGUAUCCGACGGGGCUGUUGCUAUUGUGUGGGGCGUAGUGGUGAGAGGGAGAGAGGGAGAGCCCGGCAGCUGCUACUGCUUGUUGAGGGGCUCUAUCGGCGGUCUGGCGCCCAACUGAGAUUCCGGUCCCUGCGCGCAGAAAGGCACGGGCGCGGCACGGAGAGAAGCUGGAUGGUGAUAUAAUGCUGGUUGUCUGCUAUUCCUGUGUGUCUGGUCCCAGCCUGACCAUGUUGCCAUUGGGGUGGUUGGUCCUGGAGGCCUUGGUGGUCUUCUCUCUAGUAACCCAGCCCUCACACAGCAACCCGCUCUCCGCUCCCCGCGUUUUCCUCUCCUUCAAAGAGCUCAGGUCAACUGGCACGGCCCACCACUUCUCCUUCCUGCUCAACUCCACCGAUUACCGCAUCCUGUGCAUGGACGAGGACCAUGACCGCAUGUACGUGGGCAGCAAGGACUACAUCCUGUCCCUGGACCUGCAUGACAUCAACAAGGAGCCCCUCAUAAUUCACUGGCCUGUGGUGCCACAGAGGAAGACAGAAUGUGUUCUCUCUGGAAAGGACACCAAUGGCGAGUGUGGAAACUUUAUCCGGCUGAUCGAGCCGUGGAACAGGACUCACCUGUACGUUUGCGGAACCGGAGCCUACAAUCCCGUCUGCACCUACGUCGACAGGGGUCGUAGGUCACAGACUCUGUACAGCGAUCAGACAGCCAGGGCCGGCGGCAGGACCAGCCGCGCAGCAGACCCCGACGCCACCGCCGAGCCCACCGUGCCAAAGGAAUACAUUUUCCGUUUGGAGCCGGGCAAGGUGGAUUCUGGGAAGGGGAAGUGUCCGUACGACCCCAAACUCAAUAGCGUCUCCUCGCUUAUCAAUGGGCAGCUCUACACAGGCCUGUACAUUGAUUUUAUGGGCACGGACUCAGCCAUCUUUCGCACACUGGGAAAGCACACUACCAUGCGCACUGACCAGUACAACUCCCGCUGGCUACACGAUCCGACAUUUAUUCAUGCCCAGCUGAUCCCCGACAGCGCAGAGAAGAACGAUGACAAGCUGUACUUCUUCUUCCGCGAGAAAGCCACUGACAUGGGCCAGAGCCCGGUCACCCAGUCCAGGAUUGGCAGGAUCUGCCUGAAUGAUGACGGUGGCCACUGUUGCCUGGUGAACAAGUGGAGUACGUUCCUGAAGGCUCGCCUCAUCUGCUCCGUACCCGGGGCCGACGGUGUCGAGACACACUUCGACGAGCUGAGAGACGUGUACAUCCAGAAGACACAGGACACUAAGAAUCCCGUCAUCUACGGCGUCUUCUCUGUCUCCGGGUCGGUGUUUAAAGGCUCGGCCGUGUGCGUGUACUCCAUGGCAGACGUGCGGAUGGUCUUCAAUGGGCCCUUUGCUCACAAAGAGGGACCAAACUACCAGUGGGUUGCCUACACAGGAAAAAUACCAUACCCUCGCCCAGGCACCUGCCCGGGAGGAACCUUCACUCCCAACCUGAAGUCCACCAAAGACUACCCAGACGAGGUCAUCAACUUCAUGCGCAACCACCCCACCAUGUACAACGCCGUCUACCCAGUGCACAAGCGCCCCCUUGUGGUCAGGACCAACGUGGACUACGAGUUCACCACCAUCACCGUGGACCAGGUGGCGGCCGCCGAUGGGAACUACGAAGUGCUUUUCCUGGGCACGGACAGGGGAACCAUUCAGAAGGUGAUUGUUCUGCCCAGAGAUGACCUGCAGACGGAGGAGUUGGUCCUAGAGGAGGUGGAGGUAUUCAAAGUCCCCACUCCAAUUACCAGCAUGAAGAUUUCUCCAAAACGGCAACAGCUGUACGUGGGCUCGGCGGUGGGCGUGACGCACCUGAUUCUGCACCGCUGUGACGUGUACGGGGAGGCCUGCGCUGACUGCUGCUUGGCCAGGGACCCCUACUGCGCCUGGGACGGCAAGUCCUGCUCGCGAUACUCCGCCUCGCAGAAGAGGCGCAGCCGCCGCCAGGAUGUCAAAUACGGCAACCCCAUCAGGCAGUGCCGAGGCUACAACUCCAACGCCAAUAAGAACACGCUGGAGACGGUACAGUACGGGGUGGAGGGAAGUACCGCCUUCCUGGAGUGCCAGGCCAGGUCCCCUCACGUGUCAAUCAAAUGGCACUUCCAGAAGGAGAACAGCGACCGCAAGAAAGAGCUGCGCUGUGAUGGCCGCGUGAUGCGCACCGAACAGGGCCUGCUCCUCCGCUCGCUCCAGAUGUCCGACAGCGGCAUGUACCAGUGCACCUCCACCGAGAACAACUUCAAGCACACGCUGGUCAAGCUGCAGCUGGUGGUCCUGUCCUCGCGCACGGCCAACGCCGCCCUGGCCGAGGCCCACCAUCCCAACAACGCCCUGGCCAUCCCCCCAGGAGCGGGCGCGGGUGGCAACCCCCAGGCGCCGGCCCUCACCCACCCGCCUUCCUCCAGCGCCUGGACCCCCACGGCCGAGCAAUACAAGGACCUGCUGACCCUGCUAAGCCAGCCCGAGAUGAGCCUCAUCAACCAGUACUGCCAGGACUACUGGCAGCACGGCGAGCCCCACCCGCUGGUGGGCGCCCCCCAGGGAGCAGUAGCGGGUGUCGGGGGAGGUGGCGGCGGGGGUCUGAAGCGCAAGGAGCUGAAGGAGCUGAGGGAGCAGCGCAAGCCUCGCAACCGGCGCCACCAUGAGGGUGACGACGAGAGUGACGUCGGCGCGCCCAUGGAGACAUGAGGGGUUGGUCCUGGUGCCGACCUACCUCGCAUGACACCCCAACCCCCAUCCCAUACAGCCGACACAGGGACAGUCCAGCACAACACCUACUCUCUACUACCGACGGUCCGCCAACAACAAGAAACACAACACAAACACACACAGACACAGACACAGACACACACACACACACACACACACACACACACACACACACACACACACACACACACACACACACACACACACACACACACACAGUCUCAUAGCAACAAGUAUAUGAGCCCUCUCUAGAACUAUUUCUUUACCUCUGUCUUUCCUUGUCUCCUACAGUUAAUUUGCCCCCUCCUCCCUCACUGUCUCUUCUUCACCAUCUCCCUCUUUCUUUCUCUCUCUCCCAUUUUCUCUACCUCUCUCUCACUCUCUCUAUUUCUGACACACACACACACACACACACACACACACACACACACACACACACACACACACACACACACACACACACACACACGCAAUACACAGAUAGGCGAGAACAUACAUGGACACACACAUACACACAUACACAAACACAAGCACACACACACACACACAUUUUGAACACACUGUCUCCCCUCUGUGACUAUGGUGCCAGGAGAAGGCCUCUGAGGAUGGAUGGAUGGAUGCAUGGAGAAAGAGGAGGAGGAGAGGAGAGGCAGAGACAGCGGUAGAGUGGAGGUCGAACAGGCACACGUGGUAUUUAUUGUAGCUUGUAAAUAGUCAAGGUUCUGUGGAUUUUAUUUGUACCCCGACUGGGUGCAUUUUACCUUUUUUUGUUUCGUUUUUGUUUUUGUUUUUGUUUUUGUGUAUAGGUCCCUCUGUGCAAAUAUUUUUUUUGUUAUAAUUGUUAUUAUUAUUCUUAUAUUUAUUAUUAAUGUAGUGAUUCUAUAUCAGAUGGUAUUAUUGUACAAUGAGUGUUCUCUCUCUCUCUCUCCCUCUGAGGGAAUGCAAAAAAAAAACACAGCUCCAUCACAUUUCUGUACCUUACAGCGGACUGCAAAUAAGAGACUCGUGUGAAAAUGUGAACCGGCGGAGCCAAUUUUUUUUUAAGAAAAAAGAGAGAGGAGAGGGGGGCAACAGAAAGGUCAGAAGUCACAGAGGUGCGGGAGGAAAUGGAGAGUUCUGCAGACGCAGACAAGGAAAAAGAAGAGAAAGGAGAGAGACAAACAUGGUUCCCCCUCUUUGCACAGCUGUUCAGGUUCUCACCGAGAACACAAGGCAUUUCACUGGACAUGUGGAGAUGAGGAGCUCCCCCUAGAGGAGAGGAUCAGGCAUCGCAGGGGUCACAUCGUCUGGCACCUGCCUGCCUCACUCUGGCUAAACCAUCUCGAAAGGCCUCUCUCACCACAAACUUGCUACACACCUUUGUUGGGUUUUUGCUUUGCUUUGUUUUUUUUUAUUUAAUUUUAUUUUACUUUCAAAAGCACAAGAUAACCAUUUAUUAGUCUUCUUGACAAAGACUCUCCCAUGCUCUCUCCCUCCCUCCCUCUCCCUCUCUCUCUCUCUCUCUCUCUCUCUCUCUCUCUCUCACUCUCUCUCUCUCUCU